AUGGAAGACAGAGGCUUGACACAGCAAGAAGAAACAAGAGGCAGAGAAGAGGUGGAUUACUGGAUGAUGAUAAAACUAAUUCAAGGUGAGUGGUACUGGAAAGAUGAUACUAACACCCUUGAAUUUGCAAGUUCCAAUCCAGCAACUGAGGAAAACCUUAAGGAAGGAAAAAAUACCGACUUUCAGGAAAUGCUUGUGAAGACAUUAAAGAGAUUAGUGCUGGAAGAAGGCAGGCUGAUAAAGAGGGAAAAUUGCAAGGGCUGUCCGAGUGGGUACAACAGGAAUACGUUGGAUGAUGUAAACUAUUUUUUGCUUUCGAAAGAAGCAAAUGAGCAAACAUUACCAUUUGCAGCAGUUAUAAGGAAUGAGAAAGUGGAUGAGUCCUUCAUGGCCCUGCUCUUCUACCUAUCUCUUCACCAGGAAAUAAUUGCCCUGGAAUAAAAAUGCAGAUCCUUGAUUUUGAGGAGCAGGGAUGGGCAAGAAAACUCUGUUUCUGAAGGUGGAGUUCUGAGAUCUUGUGACUAUGAUAUUUUUGGAGAAGAUGUGCUGGUGAAGUUAGGUGUAUCCAGGAUCUACCUUGCCAAGGUGUACUGUAACCUUAUCCUCGGAUGAGGCAUGGCACAGCAGAACCACAUGACCAGUGAAAAGAGAAAAACAUCGUUGCAGAAAGAUUGGAACUUCUUUGAAGGCUUCUACAUCUUCAGCAGCUAUGUGGCUUGGCUUGUGUUCAGAUGGAAGCGCUUCCAAGUGAUUUGGGAAGAAAUCAGCAGGCUCCUUUGCUCUGACGUGUUUGAUCCUGCUCUAAGAGACAGGAACAAUGAUGACUUGCAGAAAGCAGGAGACCAGACUGAGAAAGUCCAUGCCAAGCAUCCUUUUAUAAACAGCAUGGUUCACCAUCGCUCACCAGUGCUCAGCACCCCACUCCCCUGCCCAAAGGACAGUGCUCCAGACCUCUCCCAGAAAUACUGCUGUCAGGGCAAAACAGCUACUGUCCAUCAUAGUGCUUUGUUAAAAAUCCUAAGUUUUCUGUUGAAAGGAAAUAGGCAUUAA